CUCUCUCCCUCCCUCCCCCCCAACCCCCCAGCUGACUUUGCUCAUAUCAAAAGCUGGCUCAUUUUUGUUCUGGUUAUUUAUACAAGUUAGGAUUAUUUUUUCCCGACGCACUGAGCAUCAAUACUUCAGCGGAGACGCGCGGAACCUUUUACAAAAUGCCUCGUAGAAAGAGGACAGCAGGCAGCAGCUCGGAUGGGACGGAGGACUCGGAUUUUUCCGCCGAUCUCGAGCACACACGAGCGUCUGAGAGUGUCCACAGGCGCAGCAGCACGCGCCUGACCCGUGCGUCACUGCGCCUCAGCCGAAGCUCACAAGAUAACUGCAGCUCAUUACGGAGCAAUUCUCCUCCAGCGGGGGGUCCAGAAGAAAGCUUGGAUCUAGCAGCAGAAUCGAAAACAGCAGCAGUGGCAGCAUCCGUCUUCUCCUCUGGACGCAGAAUCACACGCAGCCAGCAAGGGGCGAUAAACACCACAUCCAAAAAAUACCCGCUGCGACAGAGCAGGUCAUCUGGCUCGGAUACUGAGGCACAUGCAGACCAGAAGCGGGGGGCGGAUCGUGACGAGACCCCUCCUCGCACCCCAACCGGUAAUGCGCCAUCUUCAGAGUCAGAUAUCGAGGUCUCAAGUCCCAGCAAUGAUCACGUGUCCUCAAGCAAUGAUAUUGUAGUUUCACAAGAGGAGGACGAGAGAUUAGCUAAAGAGCUGUCACUCAAAGAGGCUGCCGCCCACGAUCUUUCCCAUCGCCCCAAAAGACGGCGGUUCCAUGAAAGCUACAACUUUAAUAUGAAGUGUCCCACGCCUGGUUGCAACUCAUUAGGUCAUCUUACAGGGAGGCAUGAGAGACAUUUCUCCAUAUCAGGAUGUCCUCUCUAUCAUAAUCUCUCUGCUGAUGAAUGCAAGGGCAAGGCAUCGACGCGCGACAAACAGGCCGACGAAAGGACGCUGUCGCACCGCCAGGACGAGAACAGACACUCCACAAGAAGCCAGGCCCCCACAGACCGUCAGCUGCGCUACAAGGAGAAGGUGACGGAGCUGAGGAGGAAGAGGAACUCUGGUCUUAAUAAGGAGCAGAAGGAAAAGUACAUGGAGCACAAUCAGAGCCACGGAGCUAGCAGGGAGCCGCUACUAGAGAACAUCACCAGUGACUACGACCUCGAGCUGUUCAGGAAAGCGCAGGCACGUGCCUCGGACGACCUUUCUGCAAACCCUCCUCUGCAACCACAGGAGGAGUCAGAGAUAUUUUUGGAUAAGCUUCGUCUCGAUGGCCAGGUGUCGGAGGGCAGCAACAUGAUAAAGACAAUUGUGUUUGGUCGCUACGAGCUGGACACCUGGUAUCACUCUCCAUACCCAGAGGAAUACGCUCGCCUGGGGAGGCUGUACAUGUGCGAGUUCUGCCUUAAGUAUAUGAAGAGCCAGACCAUUCUGCGCAGGCACCUGGCAAAGUGCGUGUGGAAGCAUCCACCGGGGGACGAGAUCUACAGGAAGACCAACAUCUCCGUGUUUGAGGUGGACGGAAAGAAGAAUAAGAUCUACUGUCAGAACUUGUGUCUGCUAGCAAAACUGUUUUUGGACCACAAGACUCUGUAUUACGACGUCGAGCCUUUCCUCUUCUAUGUCAUGACUGAAGCAGACAACACAGGGUGCCACCUGGUGGGAUACUUCUCCAAGGAGAAGAACUCUUUCCUGAACUACAACGUGUCCUGCAUCCUCACCAUGCCGCAGUACAUGAGGCAAGGCUACGGCAAGAUGCUCAUAGACUUCAGUUACCUGCUGUCUAAGGUGGAGGAGAAGGUGGGUUCACCUGAGCGCCCUCUGUCUGACCUCGGUCUCAUCAGCUACAGGAGUUACUGGAAGGAGGUGCUUCUGCGUUACCUGAACAACUUUCAGGGCAAGGAGAUCUCCAUCAAAGAGAUCAGUCAGGAGACCGCCGUGAACCCCGUGGAUAUCGUCAGCACUCUGCAAUCUCUUCAGAUGCUCAAAUACUGGAAGGGAAAGCACCUUGUUUUAAAGAGACAGGACCUUAUUGACGACUGGAAGGCAAAGGAGACCAAACGUGGUAACGGAAAGACCAUCGACCCCACAGCCUUAAAAUGGACACCGCCCAAAGGGUCGUAAAGGAACGUUCACACUAACAAUUUCAAAAUUUCAAAUGCACACACUGAUCCCCCUCUGCACACUGGUACGCUCACAGUGACUGAGCCUAAACCCUCACUCGAACUCCUGUACAAAACGCUUUCAGCGGCUACAGCCGUCAGUCACUUACAGACACACGUUACUCUGGAUUCAGCAGUCACACAACGCUGAGGUUGUUGGAUGAACGUCAAUCCAACAAACCCAACAUUAGCUCGAUGAUAAGAUUCUCCACCAGAAACUAAGACGGAAUCGAGGCAACAAUUUGCUAGAAUCUGAACCUGUUAGAGAUAGCUUUAUAAAAAAUAAUUUAACCUUCUAAAAGAACAAAUUAGACCUUAAAUAAAUGAGUCACUUCUCUUGAAUGAGAAGCUAAUGACUUUAAAAUCAAAUGUUUUGGAAUAAUAAUCACAUGAAUAAAUGUUCUAAUACAAGGAACACUGAUAAUUUUUUCAUAAAAGAUAAACCUAUUUCAAAACGCGCUUUUUCUUCAAACAAUCUUCUCCUGUUUCACUUUUAUUUCAUAGUGUGACCUGUCCUGGCGGCAGCGUUGUCACCAACCGCUCAUGUAUUAGCCAAUCACAUUCCAGCUGCCUCUUCAGCUAGCGAGCUCAAUGGCUGAGAGAGCAGCUGGUUAGCUGUGGCUAGCUGGAGCAGAGACGCUCACUUGUUCAAGGUUAAUCAACUAGAGGCUACAGCUUUACAUAAAUGAAAUGUGGCAUUAUUCCAUUUCCAUUUUGCUGCUUUCAGUAAUGACAAGUUAAUUUUGAGGUGUUCAGAAUGUAAUGCGAUUAUUGAUUCAACAUUUUUUAAUUCAAGACUUUAGGUUCCAUAGAAGAGAAGUCACUGUUCAUUAUUUAUGUUGGAUUUUAGAGUUUCAGUGAAAGGCUAGCAGCCGGUGUUGUAGUUUGAUUUCCCGAAAAGUUACGCUCUUUGUCCAAGCCUUCUAAUUAGCACAGAGCAACAGUUCUUAGUUUGUGAGGCUGUUGACACAUACAGAUUUUUAACAUGUCAUCUUAUGCGUUUCUUUCUGCCUGACACAGACUAGCUUGCUCAGAAAAACUUUGAAGAAUUUGAAAAAAAAAAAAAAAGAGCUUCAGCUACCAAGGGAAGUCUGCCUACAGUCGUUUAUACCGUUAAUUUAAUUUAACCGAUCUUCUUAUGUAAGUUUUCUGACAGUGACAGUGGCUGUUUGAACACAGAGUAACACGUUUCAUGCAACCAACUUAUUCAUUGUUUCCUGUAUAAAACCCAUCACACCUGUCAGGUCAUUAGUCAUGAAGCUAUAGCUGCCAUUGGCUACGUUCAGACACUUUUGUGUCACCAGUACAUGAUCUUCCAUGAUGUGUUUUGUCAACACGUCACUCCCUCCCUUUCAUUUGAACCUUUUAACUGUGUGAGGGGGCUUUGUUGUUUCUUUAACAUCCACGUUUAUACUCUGAAGAGAAAAAGGUUUACGGUGAGUCUAAGCUAUUUGGAGUGUUGCCGCUUUUAAACGUUGUCGUUUUUUCCGUUUCCUUUUUAGUGGUUUUGUAAAAGUUCUCAAAAAAAAAGGUUUCAACUUUUUCUACCUCUAAGGUUUACCACUGUUUUCAAGCUCAUAUGGCCCAUUUUAAGCUUCCUUUUAAAAUUAUCUGUUAACAUGUGAGUAUUUGUAGAUGUGUGAGUGUUUUUUUAUUACAUUUUCAUAUAUAUAUAUAUGCUGUUUAUUUUAAAAGGCAAACAUUUAAGUGUGUAGAACAUAAAAGACAAAGUAAGAUAGAGGAAUGUCUAUUCUAUAUGUACAAAUAUUUAUCGCAAAUGUUUAUGUAGAUCUGAAUGUGUCUAGAAGCUCUUGGAAGGUUCAAGAGGGAGAAUCAAAGCCACCCAUCAAACAAGGACAAAGACAGAAGUCAUUAACAUUUCUGAGGUAUGUCUCCUUUAAUCAAAGGUGACAUGAAGCAGUUAAAACGUGUCUCUCUGGCACAUUGUCACUCCUUGUUGAAACAGAAAUGAUGGGAAAUAAUGCACAAGCUUUUUGUGGGAGGGUGGUUGGCAGCAUUUUUGUACAGUUCAUAUUCUACACAGCCCACUGUGCGUGAUUGAGAACUGAUUUGAGUUUAUUGACAAUCUACAUAUUUACAGAUUUUGAUCAAUUUAUGUUUUUGUAACCAGCUUUGAGAUUUUUCAGAAGAAACAUUAACAUUUUGUAUAAAUAUGCAAAUUCUCCUUUUGUUAAGAGUUAGAGGACAUCCCCCUUUAGAUAUGCAAGCUAAAAACUAAGUUAGUAUUUGGUUAGCAUAGCACAAAACUACAAAAAAACAUCUAGUCUGGCCCCAGGAUAUCUCUACCUGUAAAAACAAUUCCCUUAUGUUUAACAUAAGACACGCAUGUUAAUCAGUGACUUUCAUUUGUUCUGGUAGGUGUAUUUUGUUACCUUUAUGACACGGCCAGGUUAGCUGUUUUCCACUGUUUCUAGUAUGCUGUGAUAAGCAAAUCUAUAAACUGUAGCAGAUAAGUUUAUUUCCUGAAACUGUCAAACUAUUCCAACCAAUGUGCAAGAAACAAGACAGCAACUGGCUGUGAAAUUGAAGGUGCAAACAACAAUGUCAUAUUGAAUCAGCUGUUUCCUUUUUAUUUCGCAGCCCUUUUAUUAUUUUCAAGGUUUUUGUGUCACACUUUAAUAUGUGAAGGGAUCUUUUCCUCGGCUGCCUUGAGUUAUGUUUGUUUGUCUUUGACAGUAAAAGAAAUGUUGCUUUUAGAUUCUGUAAUGUUGAGGAGGUUUCUCAUUGUGUCUUGUAUUCUAUCUUUUCAUGAUUUCUUUUUGUCAUCUGUUGAUUUAUUUAUCUGUGUUUUAUAUUUUUAUAUUUUUUUCUAAUCCCUUUGGUUCAUGUUUUGUGUCUUUUAACGUGAGGGGAUCAGGAGACACCUCUCCUCCCAGUAGUUUCCAAAUCAAUACAAACAGGAGCUGCACCUUCCCUUUUAGCACCUGUUCACACUUGACCUGUGUGAAAUGUGUGACUGGUAGAAAUCACUCACCACUCUUGUGAGUGUAGACAGUGAUUUGUUUUUCUUUAAAACAUUCUGAAGUGCAUUAACAGAUAGGUGCACUUACUUUUAUACACAACUUUCAAAAGAAAAAUCCAGUCUUGGAAAGGACAUCAUAUGAUGAUGAUUUUCCAUUCAUGGCUGAGUUACUUUUAUUUGAGUUUUAUUGAGAUAUAAACUGCAUAGGCAUGAUAGUAAAGGGGUGAAUUAUUUAGUAUUUAAACUAAAAUAUGUCAUUUUGUCCUGAUAUUAACAUACAGGGAAAAGGAGAGAAUAUGUUGCGUUCUUAGAGCAGCAGAAAAGUGACCUGGUUGUAACAUUUAAUGGUACUAGGGAAAACAAAUUAAAACAAUAAAUUACAACGCGUUGUCUAAAACAGCCCUGAAUGUGUAAAACACCCAAAAUCAAUCAUCUUCAAUUGUCUGAAAGUCCCUUUUACUUUUAUUUAUUUCUCUUAUUGUCUUGCAUUUUUUCAUCAAUGCCAGUGGCAGCUAUAGAUUGGCAGCUUCAGAACGCCUCGCUUGUCAUUAACACGAGUAGUGCCAGAUUAUUAGAGAAAACACAAGACACAUCCCAUCGCCUUCCAUUGGCCACCAGUGAGCUGUUGUAGUACUGCAGCACUGCACCACACCCUGCUUCCUGCACUCAAAGCAACAACACAAAAGUAGCGUGGCAUCAAUAUGUAGCUCAGUUGUGCUCUUGUACUUGCUUCUACCCCUUCCUCCCUAUUCAUUAAAUGCAAACGGUGAAACAUGGUAA